UUAUUCCCAGAAACUCCAGCCAUUGCUGUUCUGCCAUCAUCUCUGCUAGUGUCCCCUUUCAACCGACUUCAGCCAAUUCCUCUCUUAUGCCUCCGUAGUUCACUUUAUUCUACUAUAAUGCUAAUACAUAUGAUUUUAGUUUCUCCCUCUCAAACUGCAGGGUGAAUUCUAUCAUGUUAUGAUCACUGCCUCCUAAAGGUUACUUUACUUGAAGCUCCUUACUCUAAUCUGGUUCAUCACACAACAGCCAAUUCAGUAUUGCCUUUUCUCUAGUGAGCUCAAACACAGGUUGCUCUAAGAGCCAUGGAUGGGUACUUAAAUAGGCAAGAUGUAGAUGGAUAUGAUUCUAAUGAGAUCUUCACCUCCCUCAGCCCCUAUCUUCCACCAACUCCCUUCACUACUGAGCAGGUGAGAAGUGCCCUGGGUAAACUCAGACACGGCAAAGCAUUGGGACUGGAUGGUAUGAACCACAAGAUCUGAAGGAGUGUGCUGAGCAGCUGUGUGGAGUUGUCCAGCACAUUUUCAAUCUGAGUCUCACCCUAGAAAGGGUCCCGACUGUGUGUAAAACAACGUGGGUGGUCCCAGUACCCAAGAAGGGCCAACCAAAAGUCUUGAAUGAUUACUGUCCUGUGACCCUGACCUCACACAUCCUGAAGACCCUAGAGAGGCUGGCCAUGGCUCACUUCCGACCCCUGGUCAGAUCAACCCUGGAUCCCCUGCAAUUUGCCUACCAGGAGUACAUUGAGGUUGACGAUGUACCUGCUGAACAGAGCCUACUCCCAUUUGGAUAAGCAGAGCAGCACUGUGAGGAUCAUGUUUUUUGAUUUCUCAUACAGCCCUCAUUGCUUGGGGAAAAGCUCCAUUCAAUGCAUGUCAGCACUUCCAUUGUAUUCUGGAUAAUGGACUACCUACUGGCAGACCACAGUUUGUGCAUCUUCAGAACUGUAUCAGACAUUGCUAUAAGCAGCACUGGGGCCCCACAGGGGACUGUAUUGGCUCCCUUCCUGUUUACCCUGUAUAUCUCAGAUUUUAGAUACAACACUGAGUCGUGUCAUCUGCAGAAAUUCUCUGAUGACUCAGCAAUAGUUGGGUUUAUAAAGAAAAGACGCACGGGAGGAUGAAUACAGGGCCCUGGUGGAGGACUUUGUCAAAUGGUACAAGCUGAAUCAUCUGCAACUCUACAUAAGUAAGACAAGAGGGAUGGUGGUGGACUUUAGGAAGACUAAGCCUGCAAUGCUCCCUGUUACUAUUUUUGAUGGUGUGGAUGUGGUGAUGACCUACAACUACCUGGGGGUGCACCUGGAUGACAGACUUAAGUGGAGCGCCAACACAGAGGCUGUGUACAAGAAGGGCCAGAGUCACCUCUACUUCCUGAGGAGACUGAAGUCCUUUGCAGUAUGCAGGCCUCUCCUUUGCAUGUUCUACCAGUCUCUGGUUGCCAGUACAAUCUUCUAUGUGGGGGUGUGCUAGGGCAAUGGCAUCAACAUGGGUGAUGCCAUCAGGCUCAAUAAGCUGAUUAGAAAGGCUGGCUCUGUUAUAGGAGUCAAACUGGACACACUGGAGGCUGUGGUAGAACAAAGGACCCUACAGAAAAUCCUGGCAAUUCUGGACAAUGUUUCUCACCCUCUGCAUGCCACUUUGGCUGAACAGAGGAGCACUUUUAGUAAUAAUUUUAAUGUAGGUCGCAUCCGGAAUUUUUCCGGGUAGUGGACAACUUCCUCCCACGCCGUUCUGACGUAGUUGGAAUUCGCAUACGAGGCAAGUUACAGUAGUGGUUUGCCAUUGCCUUCUGUCGGGUGAGUUUUUUUUUCAAAGAGGUCACCAGCUCUUAACCCCGCAUGGAUGGAAAGCAUGCCGGUGGGAAGCUGGCUGGAUUUGAACUUCGGAACCUCCACCCCACAGUCCAGCACUGAUGUCACUACGCCACCAGCCGGCACUUUUAGUAAUAGACUCAGACAAUUGCGAUGUUCCAAAGGGACAUGAAGUUAUCCUUAUCCUAGACCAUUGGGCUCUAAAAUGAUUCAACCUAUGAUGCCCUCUUGUUCGACUAAGGUAACUUAAUUUUUUAUUCUUUCUUGCGUCUCUUCUAAUUGUAUAUCUUUGCACUUGUAAUGCUACUGUGAUGCUGUAAUUUCCUUUGGGGAUUAAUGAAGUAUCUAUCUAUGUAUAUCUAGAUGGAAUUAGUGCAGACAGGCAGAAAGAUUGGCAUGCAAUGAAGGGCCUGUUUUCUAUGUCAAACUAUUGGUCCAAACUCUUGCUGAAGUAUGUUGCAAAAGUUGUACGUACUGUGCUGAUUUCAACAUCAAUAUUUGAUUGCUGGGGAUUAAAACACGUAUGUGUGGAUUGUAAGAAGAAUUUUUGUACAUCCUGUUCAAUCCACUCUGAAAACAGCCCAAAAAUAUGCCAUAUUUGUCAGCGAUUUCGUACUACGGACUUCCACCGGGGAGAACUGAUGAAAUUGAAAGUAAAAGAAUUACGUGACUACCUGCAACUACAUGAAAUUUCAAUGGAGAUGUGCCGCGAAAAAUCAGAUCUCGUAGACUUGGUCAUGGGACAGAAUCCUCAGUCUGUGCCAACUGGUCAGAUGCACAUUCCUCUUUAUAGAAUGGAUAUGUCUGAGCAGCAGACCUUCAUAUCAAACACGCACACGGUAACAGCAGCUUCUACCUCACAUGAUGCUCCCCCACCAUAUGGAGCAGCCAACCCAAAUAGCCCAAGACAUUCUCAGGAAGCAAACCUGGCGAAUGCAGAAGCGACUGCAGACAAUCAGAAUGAGACUUUGGCACAAGCUGAAGAGAAUGGGUCUGAUUCAGAGGAAGUAACUGUACAAGGCCGGCACAGAGCUUCUUUAUCAGACUUGACUUGUGUGGAAGACAUUGAAGCUCUCUCCGUGCGCCAGUUGAAAGAAAUACUGGCACGAAACUUUGUAAAUUAUAAAGGAUGUUGUGAAAAAUGGGAGUUAAUGGAGAGAGUGACAAGAUUGUACAAUGACCAAAAAGACCUUCUGAAUCAGGCUUUGGAAUUCAAAUCUCAAGAUGGUGGUACAGGAACAUCAGCUCUUGAAGAGAACCUCUGUAAGAUAUGCAUGGACUCUCCAAUUGACUGUGUGCUGCUUGAGUGUGGCCAUAUGGUGACGUGUACUAAGUGUGGAAAGCGUAUGAAUGAAUGCCCAAUUUGUCGACAGUUUGUCAUACGGGCUGUGCAUGUCUUCAGAUCUUGAGUAACCACAGCUACUAUUAAACUAUAUCAAAUUGAUUGGAGAAGUGCAUUUUCACAACCCAGAUUCCAUCCUGCUGACUUAAACCUAUCAGUCUACCUCUCCUAUAGUAAGACUGUUAAUACUUUGCUACUUCAUUCAUUGAAAACACCUUUUAAUUGUACAGAAAGUGAAUCUGUGGAAAUAAUUGCCAGAGGCUGCUGUGAUGGCCGUUUUUAUGUAUAUUUAAGGCAGAGGUUGAUAGAUUUUUGAUUGGUCAGGGCAUGGAGGGAUACGGGAGCGAGGCAGGAGAUUGGCGCUGAGAGGAAAAUUGGAUCAGCCAUGAUGAAAUGGCAGAGCAGACUCGAUAGGUCAAAUGGCCUAAUUCUGCUCCUAUAUCUUAUGAUCGUACAGAGAAAUGCCCUUAUACCUUGGCUUUGUUUAACAAUACCCUACUAAGUUGCAACAGCGUACUUUAUUAAAAAUAGGGUAUAAAUUAAGGAAAUGUGCUUAGAAAGAAAAGCUUAAAACCCCAAGUAAUCACGUUAAGCCUUGUGCCACUCAAUGAAAUUAUAUGUUUGAGCUUUCUUAGGAUAUCAUUAAUCCCUAAAACUAGAGGGACAGUUAUUGUGGGCGUUCAUUGUUUUGCAUGCCAUUUGAUUCUGACAGAACAUGAGUGUAUGCUGCUGGAGGCAGGGUAAGAAGAAGCGAUUAUUAAAUGUGGGCAGGUCCUUUCUGAGGGAAUUGGUACUGUGAGCCUGUGGAUUGGGCAUUCAAUGUCUAACAUAACAACUGAAGACAAUUUAGAAAUAGUGGAUUUGAUUUCACUCAUGGUUAGUGCGAGGAGGCAGGGUGGCUCCAUGUAAUGGAAGCCGAUGAUUGAGAAAAUUACAAAGCAAAGAUGUAAAUGCGUUAAAAUGAACAAGAAAGAUCAUUAAUACUUCACAUUAUCAUGUUUAUUUUUAUAAUACAAAUAGAUGGUUAGAUUUGUUCUAGCUGAAACUAAGCUCUAUAAUGCUACCAAUCUUAAAGAGUAAGCCAAAGGCCACUUGAGUAACAAGAUACCAUACUUGUCUGUGUUACCAUUUGCACAAAACUAUAUGCAUGGCAAAACCCAUACUCAGCAAUUACACACACAUGUAUGUUAUUACUGGAUUGAUAGGAUGCACCAUCUUUUUUAUUAUACCUCAAACCUUAAAGCUAAACUUCAUGUACAGCUACACAAAUACAUAUCAUUUUAUACAGUCCUGUGCAAUCAGAAUUUUCCAGUUUUUAUGCACAAUGUAGACUAAGUAUGCCUAAAGAUCAGUAGAAUUACACAAUUUUAAAAAUUAACAAAAUUUGUCCUUUAAAUUUAAUUUGAUCUUUAACUUUGCAUUUAUCUCCAGUGCAAUAUUGCAGCUAGAAGUUUACAUGCGUAUUAAUAAGGCUGAAGUUCAAAUACUGGAAAUUGUGCUCUGUAAAAUCGGUAAAGAUUAACUAGUAAUGGUAGUUCAAAUGCAUGCCAGCUUGGUUCAGAUGCUGGUUUCCUUCAGUUUGCAAUCAUACCCUAUCAUCUUCUGAAUUUAAUGUAAGCCAAUAUCUUUUCCCUUUUUUAAAUCUUUAAUUUUCAAUUCCUUCCUUUUUGCCCACACCUCAAAAAAAUUUACAUCAGAUAAAAUGUUUGUAUUUAAUUUUAUUCAAAAAUUUUGGCAACGAUAGUGCCUUAAAGUAGUUUUAUCUGUUUUUUUGCUGGUUAGGUUUGCAACAUGUAAAUAUUAUAGAAUAAUAAUAUAAUCAAUCCUUAAACCUCUUCAACUAUUAUUUGUACUGUACAUGGGGGUGUUCUGAUGUGUUGUAGCUUCUGUCCAUCUGCAUGGAUGAUGUUUACUGUUUCCGCCUUUCUCAGGACAAAAUUUUCUUUGUUUAUCUCCUUCAAAUUCAUCCCAUUUAUUUAAAUCUGUUCUGUAAUUCAGCCUUUGUUUUAAUCAUAGAUGCCUGGCUAUCCAUUUACUUGAGAUUGUGCUAUUUGUAUCUUGAAAACAAUAAGUGAGGAGGCAUAAUAGUUAUUGGGUUUACAUUGAUCAAAAUUUUUGGCGGAUCAUAUCGUGCCUAGGCCACUUUUGAAUGUUUCAAAAUUUGACACUCUAUACCAGCCACUUCUGAAGCAUACAUCAAAAGGAGAUGUAUACUGUAUUAGUCUCCAGUAAGUAUUCUACUAACUAGAGGCUUUCCACUUGGGUGAUGAAAUAUCUCCCUGUUACUCUAAAAUGGAGGAAAUUAAUUUUGUGCCACAAGGCCUGUUUUUAUUACAUUUUGGUACAAUGGUUUAAUUUCAUGGGAAGAAGUGCAACAUGUAAUCAUCUCUUCCAUAAAUGCUUUUUGAACUUCUCUGUAGUUCUGCAAGGCAUUUUUAUCUUAAAGUUUCCUACUUCACAUUUUCCUUUCAACCCUAACCUCUCACUAUAUCAACCCCUCACUUUCUCUUCCUGCCUUAACUAUUAAGUGAAUUUGAUUUGAUUGCAUGAAUUUUUGGUAGACCAGUAUUUUGCCACUGUGAAGAUGGUUCUCCAAAUAUCUUAAGCACAAAGAAACCAGCCCACUCUUAUGGUGUUGAAAUUGACUUGAUGCUGCUGAGAGAUGUACUGAGGUUCUGAUGGGUGCUGUAUAAUAUUUGAAGUGACUAUUCGUAAAAGCUUCAUAAUAGGAAUGGAGCUGGAAUUUUCCCAAGGCUUCUCCUCUUCUGCAACUGUAUAUGGAUAAUUUGAUAUGUUAACAGGAUAUUCAUUCACCUUUGAAUGAGAUUGGUCCCAGAUUAUUUAAAUAUCUAGUUUAUUUGUGCAAAAAUAAUUUAUGUGAAAACUAUUUUGAUAGAAUUAAGUCUUAAUUCUUGGCAGUAAUUGACUUUUGUCAAUCGCUGUACCUUUUACAACUAGGGUAAAUCACUAAUUGCAGAUUUACAUAAUUUUAUACUUGAUGUCAAAUUAUAUUUUUUACAUUUGGAUUAUCUCUGCUUUUUUAGCUUUACAGAAACAAGAUUGCAAAGUAUUAUUAUUAAACAGUGAUGUCAAAAUAAUCACCUAUUAUAGACAAACUACUGAUGAUUACCUUGAGUUUCGGCUUCUCCACAAAUAGGAAUUUUUAAAUUCUAACGGAAAGGCAACAGAAAAUUUUAGGAAAUAACUCAAUCCGUUUGCAGAUGCAUGGGUUUUCAGAACACUUUUACCCUCGUUCUUCUAAGAAGUGCAAGGUUUUUUUAGAUUUGCUUUACCUCUUCAUUUUUGCAAAUUGGCGCAUCUGGAAAAAUUAUUAUGGUUCUGCCAAGCAUAUGCUCUUCCAGCUCCAGCAUUACUUCAGUGGCAAUUUUUGUCUCUGAAAUGACAAAAGAUUCUGAUAGUGCUUUAUUUUUAAAAGCAUAUCUUUGUGGGAGAAGUAGACGGAAUGUUUUGGGGUGGGAAGGAUGUUGAUCUUAAUUUCUCCCAAAAUUUGCUGAAUUUUUAAUAUUACCUGAAGUGCCUUGGACAUUGAUUUCAUUUGCACACUGAGGAAUGGAAGCUGAAGAAUUGUGCUGUUUUUAUAUGGAAUGGAAAAUAGCACCUUGAUUCUGUAGGUCCAAAUAUAUCCCUUUAAAAGGGAAAGAAUAUUGCAAUGCAUAAUUCUGCAGUCCCUAUCCAUUUUAUAGAAGAACAUAAUACGAGCUGAUUUCUUUUUUUGAUCUGACCAUGUCAGUGAUUUCACCAAUUUGAUGGCUUUCACCAAAACACAGGCUUCAUGUCAUGCUAAGUGUCACCCUACAAUGCUGUGGAGCACGUUUCCCAGUCCACAAAGCUGUGCUGUUUCCUGAAGUCACAACAUUCAAUACAAAGAUGUUGCCAUUCUGAUUUGGCAGUCUAUGGAAAUAUUUGCUCCUUGCUGACACAAAAAUUGACAUUACCUGCAGUGGUUUUGUGUGGCAUUAUUUAUUGCAUUGCUACUUGCAUUUUUACUCAUGUAAAAUCAGGCAGAAAUUGAAAGAAUACUGUCCAUCUUCUUCCCUGUUUGUAUUUCAUGCUGAUAUUUUCUUUCAAUUCAGUUUCUUCCAGAAUUAAUAAAUUGGAUUGUAACUGCUCUUAAUUAAACUUGUCAUGGAAUCUUCAUAGACUUGUUACAUUGAUCAUUUUCUUUUAAAAAUUUUCAGGAUCUGUUGUGAUUUGUCUUUCAAAGGAUGCCAUUGUGUUUUUAAAAAUAACCAUGAAAGAGCAUAAAACUUAAGUAAUUAAAUAGAAGGUGAAAAAACUAUUAACAUUUUUCUCGCUGCAUUAAAAAUGCAAUAUUUUAACUGGGCUUUUAAUUUUCCCCUACUUCAUUUGUAAUAACUCAGUUGUUUUAUUGCAAAAGCAUAAUUGGUGAUGUGAUUUUCAAAAAAAAAAUCAGUUAGAAAAUGUAGCUUUAUAUUGUAACCCAGUGAUCAAGGUAUAUUUACAGGGGAAAUGCAUAUCUCAUUGAAUGUAUAACUUAAAUGUUUAAAGCAAAUAUUUUUGUUUUUAUUGAACAUAAUUUUUAAACAAGUGUGAAUGUAAUGGCAUUGGAUACAUUAUUUCAUUAAACUGAGUCAGAAGUAGAAUUAAAAUAAUCUCUAUCUUUAUUAAAAGAUAAAUCUUCAUCAAACUGCUCAUUUUUCUGAAACAAAAAUGUUUGUUUCACUGAUUCAUGAGAGAAAUGAAAGCAAGUUCUGCUGAUUGAAUGGGUUUUGGUUAUCCACCACUUUAUCUGCACCAGAAAAUAUUGUCAUUUUGAUUGUUGAAAUUCCUUAAUUUUAAAGCCUGUUGGAAGUUGUACAAGAUUCAACAUUUUUGAACAAUAAAG